AUGGACGCAAACGAAGCAAAAAUACCUGCUGCCGGAACACCGAGUGAAAUGCCUCAGGAACCGCCAAACCAGCACCUCUCCGGUAUCAAGUUGUACAGCAUCAUGUCUGCAAUCAUGCUCGCGGUCUUCCUCAUUUCGCUGGAUGUUUCGAUUAUCUCGACCGCAAUUCCUGCUAUAACCAGUGCCUUCCACGCAACAAGCGACAUAGGCUGGUACGCCGCCGCCUACCCCCUGACAAUAUGCAGUCUGCAGCCUCUCGCCGGCAAGAUCUCGGCUAUCUUCCCCCUUCGAACGGCAUACCUAUCCUUCUUUGCGAUCUUUCUCCUGGGCUCACUCCUCUGCGGUGUCGCCAACUCCUCAACAAUGUUCAUUGUCGGACGAGCAAUCGCUGGUGUUGGAGGCUCAGGCGUGGUAUCUGGCGGAUUAUCCGUGAUUGCAAUCGUGACACCCAUUGAGCAGCGUCCACUCUUCACAGGCCUCAUCGUCUCGGUCUUCUCUAUCGGAACUGUCGUCGCCCCGCUCAUCGGCGGCGCGUUCACAAGCCAUGCGACCUGGCGGUGGUGCUUCCUCAUCAACCUCCCCACCGGCGCAAUGACAGUCAUAACCCUCAUUCUCUUCUUCCAUCCACCAAAGUCCAGGCCGAACACCGACAGCGCCUCAGCACCACAGUCACUCCUCCAAAAGCUCAACUCCCUGGACCUUCCAGGCUGUGCCAUCUUCGUCCCUUCGAUCGUGAUGUUUUUCCUCGCCCUGCAAUGGGGAGGGUCCGAAUACCCCUGGUCUUCGGCGACAAUUAUUGGUCUGUUUAUCGGCUUCGGACUAUCCAUCGCUCUCUUCAUCUCGUGGGAAAUAUACCGCGGUGACACCGCCAUGAUUCCGUUCAAACUGCUAAAGGGCCGCUCAAUUGCACUGAGUAUUUGCUUCGCGCUCCUCGUUAUGGGCGGGUACAUCGUACCCGUAUACUAUCUUCCCGAAUGGUUCCAGAUUGUGCGAGGAGCCAGUCCGAUGCGGAGCGGGGUUAUGCUGCUGCCAUCGGUGCUCACGCAGGUUUUUGGGGCGAUGGUAUCAGGAGUUCUUGCAAAACAUAUCAACUACUACAAUCCCUGGUUCCUCCUCGGCUCAACCCUCGUCUGCACAGCCAACGGUCUCUACACGACGUUCACGUCCUCCUCGCCGGACAGCCACUGGAUCGGCUUCCAAAUCCUGCAGGGCCUCGGCACAGGCUUUGCGGGUCAGAUGGGUCUGCUCACUGUGCAAAACGAGCUUAAGACUCGUCCAGCCGUUAUCCCCGUGGGAAUCGCAACGGUCCUCUUCGGUCAGUACUUUGGGACCUCGGUUAUCCAGACUAUUGCUGGAACGAUCUUCCAUAAUAGCCUCGUCGACGGAUUGGAGAGCAAGGCUGGUCUGAAUGAGACUGGUGUCACCAUCUUACUCGAGGCCGGGACAUUGAAUGUCCGUGAGAGGGCGAGGGACCUUUGGCCCGAGAGAGUUGGCGAUGUCCUCGGGGCUUAUAAUGAGGCUAUUACGACCGUCUUUUAUCUGUCUGUUGCUGCGUGUGCCCUGGCCUUUGUUCUGGCAAUGGGUAUCAAGUGGAAUCCAAUUGCAGAUCCUAAGGGCAGUAAGACCGAAGAUACUGAGGCUGGGGAAGAGAAGUCGGAGACUUAA